AUGUUUCUAAAAUUUGCGAAACUAGAGGUGCCCGUUUACAAGAAGAUCGGCGUGCCAGUUCCCCAUCCGGUGGGAGUACCGGUGCCGCAAGUCAUCAAGGUGCCAGUACCGCAACCCUAUCCCGUUCACGUUCCGGUACCACAGCCGAUCGCGGUUCCCAUCUACAAAUUGGUGCCGCAGGAGAUUGAGAAGAAGGUUCCGAUUACCGUGCAUAAGAUUGUGCCCGUGGAAGUGGAGAAGCCAUAUAAAAUAGAAAUCGAGAAGCACCAUUUUCAGUACGUGGAAAAGCCGUACCCAGUUCACGUGCCAGUCUACAAACAUGUCUACCAUCAUGUGCCAAAACACGAAGGUGGUGGCGGAGGUCACGGAUGGCAUUAG